GUGCGCUGCUGCUGCUGUUGGUUCAAGAAUCAGGUCUAAAUCUCCGGAUCUGUCGCUGCACACAGACAUGAGCACACCUGACAGCCAGUUGUUGUAAUCCAGAACAACAAAAGAAAAACAACCUUCAUGACAGCAGAUAACCUCUAGGGUUUGGAAAUCUACCUGCUGGUUGAACUGUGCUCCAGGUCAGUGUUAAACCACGAUGCAGACUCAGGAAGUCCUGAGACAGCUGCGGAUGCCCGAGCUGGAUGAUCUUCGGCAGUAUAUCCGCAGCUUGCCCACCAACGCUCUCAUGGGCGUGGGGGCCUUGGCUGCCAUCACCACAUACUGGUUUGCCACCCAGCCGAAAGCGCUCAAACCACCAUGUGACCUUGAGAUGCAGUCAGUAGAAAUGCCGGGGGGAGAACGUGCAAGGAGGUCAGCACUUAAUGACAGCCACGAGCUGAUGACGCACUUCUACAGCGAUGCACGUACGAUAUACGAGGUGUUUCUCCGAGGGCUCAGAGUAUCAAAUGAUGGACCUUGUCUAGGGUCCAGGAAACCCAACCAGCCGUACGAGUGGCAGUCCUAUAGAGAGGUGGCAGACAGAGCUGAGAACAUCGGUUCUGCUCUCCUCCAAAGAGGACACUCUCCCACAGGAGACAAAUACAUCGGCAUCUUUUCCCAGAACAGACCAGAGUGGACCAUAUCUGAGCUGGCCUGUUACACAUACUCCAUGGUGGCAGUUCCCUUGUACGACACCCUCGGCACAGAGGCCAUCAGCUACGUUAUCGACAAAGCUUCAAUCGCAACCGUGAUCUGUGACGUACCCGAUAAAGCACGGAUGAUUCUGGACUGUGUCGAUGGAAAGGGACGAACGGUGAAGACGAUUGUGCUCGUUGAGGAGUUCGACAGUGACCUGGUGACCCGUGGAAAGGAGAGUGGUAUCGAGAUCCUGAGUUUGAAGGAGUUAGAGGCCUUUGGUGAAGCACACCAUCAAAAACCAGUGCCUCCUGAACCAGAAGACCUGGCACUUGUCUGCUUUACAUCAGGAACCACAGGAAAUCCAAAAGGUGCCAUGCUCACUCACGGGAAUGUCAUCUCCAACACUGCAGCUUUCAUUAAAAUAACAGAGGACACACUGAUGCCAAGCACUAAAGAUGUGGUCAUCUCCUACCUCCCCUUGGCCCACAUGUUUGAGAGGGUGGUGGAGGUACAGUACACGGCGCUUGACCUGCAAACAUGCACGUGUUUUGUUUUUUUGUGUCUUCUGCAGGUACACUGCAUGCUGGACCUCCAUGACAUUCAUGUAUCCUAUCUCCCCCUAGCUCACAUGUUUGAGAGGGUUGUACAGGGUGUCAUUCUCAUUCAUGGGGCUCGAAUCGGCUAUUUCCAAGGAGACAUUCGACUUCUGAUGGAUGAUUUGAAAACGCUGGAGCCGACAGUUUUCCCUGUGGUCCCACGCCUCCUCAACCGCAUGUUUGAUAAGGUAUUCAGUCAAGCGAACACACCGUUGAAGAAAUGGCUGCUCGAUUUUGCCUUCAGGAGGAAGGAGGCAGACCUUAAAAGUGGUGUGGUCAGAAAAGAUAGUAUGUGGGACACACUCAUCUUCAAAAAAGUCCAGGCAAGUUUGGGCGGCCGUGUCAGACUCAUGAUCACAGGAGCAGCACCAGUUUCUCCUACCAUCCUGACAUUUCUACGAGCUGCACUGGGCUGUCAGUUUUAUGAAGGCUACGGUCAGACUGAAUGUACAGCUGGCUGCUCCAUGUCAGUGCCCGGGGACUGGUCUGCAGGUCAUGUUGGCCCUCCUCUGCCCUGCAAUGCUAUCAAACUGGUGGACGUGGCAGAAAUGAAUUAUUUGGCAGCCAAUGGAGAAGGAGAAAUAUGUGUCAAAGGACCAAAUGUUUUCAAGGGAUACCUAAAGGAUCCGGAGAAAACAGAAGAGGCGAUCGACCAGGACGGGUGGCUGCACACUGGAGACAUCGGGAAAUGGCUUCCUAAUGGUACUCUGAAGAUUACCGACAGAAAGAAGCACAUUUUCAAGCUGGCACAAGGAGAAUACAUCGCCCCUGAGAAAAUCGAAACCGUCUAUAGCCUCAGUGAUCCUGUGGCUCAGAUAUUUGUUCAUGGUGACAGUUUACAGGCUUGCCUGGUGGGGAUCGUGGUACCUGAUCCUGACUUUUUACCACUUUGGCUCAAGAAAAAAGGGAUUGAAGGAUCCUACUCUGAACUGUGCCAAAACCAGGAUGUGAAGAAUGCCAUACUGGAGGACCUUCUGAGGUUGGGAAAAGAAGCCGGACUCAAGUCCUUUGAGCAGGUGAGAGAUAUUGUGUUACAUACCGAAUUGUUUUCCAUCCAGAACGGCCUGCUCACACCCACUUUGAAGGCCAAGAGGGCGGAGCUUCAGAGCCGCUUCAGAGACAUGAUUGAUGAACUUUAUGCCAACAUAAAGAUGUAAACUGGAAAUGAGGACCGCUGUUUAGAAAGAGACAAUCAUUUAGAGCACACAGCCAGAAGUGAGAAGCAGGGGCUCUCCUGCAAUUAUUCUGCCAGAGGAUAUGGGGGGGGGGUUUCUUGUAACUAAAUGGAUAAUGACCCACAUUUGAAGUAUGUAUUCCCUGAUUCAUAUAGAAAUUGUGCCACUAUAUUUUUUCCUGCUAGCACUGACUCGUUGAUUCAAAUUCCUGUCAUCUUUAUAACUGGUAUAAAUUAUUCAAGGUAACUGCUAAAAAAUAAAAAGUCGUGCCUAAACUGCCUUAACUCUGAGUAUGACUGAUUACUGCAGUCAGAAAAGUCUAAUGAAACUUUUCUUCCAAGUUUUUAUUCUUGGUUGCUGCAGAGAGAAAAAUCCUAUAAGCCUGCUUUGACAAAUGAGUAUUUAUAUACCAUACUAUUUAAUGUUUUGGCCAUGUAUUUAAGUUGAUAUUUAAUGUAAUAAUUGAACCUGUACAUAAUGUAUCUGCUUAAAAAAAGUCUAUUUGUAUGCAGAGUAUUGUGCCCAUUUCCAUGUUUAUAAGUGCUAUUGGCUGAGGGACUGAUCAACCUGUUUGGGUGCACAAUUGAAGUGAUAUCUUUAUGGGAGUCUUGUUGCUUGGCGGGCUGUUUGGUGCCUUUUUUUUUGGGUUGUCUGUUUUCUUUGAACACUGCAUGAAGAAUAUUGAAUGUUACUCUUGAAGCAGGUCUGACAACUUUAGGGUUUCCCAUUUCAGUGCCACAGUGUUUGCAGGUGAAAGCUGCACAUUGUCAUUUCUGUAACGCACAACACAAGUAGUCAGGGUAAAUAUUAUUGGAACAAUGGUGUCAGAGUUAACGUGAAGUUUUCAAGAUUUUUUUUUCCAUUUCACAUUAACGUUUCACGCAGGGUCCUCGGAAUAUCUCAUGGGAUAUGGUGCAACAUUUCGGAUGUUUAACAAGGAAACGUUUUUGUUGUUGUAAAUGUAGAUGUUUUGAGUGAAUUCUAAACAUCAGAAACAGCUCAUCACGUCAAAGCUUCAUUGACAUUUCAAUCCAUACUGGGUUUUUUUAAACACUUAGAUGAAAAGACGAGAACAGUAUCUUUAUUUGUCUACUGUAUCAAAUAAAACGUGUUAAACUAAA